AUGGCGUGCACACCUUUACUUAGCGAAGAAGAUUUAUACCGAUUCAGAACGAAGCAAUGUUUACGUUUAGCUAAGGGUUUGUGUGAAUUCGGUUUGGAUAGAUGUCAGUAUAGUCAUAGUGCGGAAUGGAUUAGACGUUGCCCUUAUUAUAUUUCUUUACCUUCUUAUUUAAGAUAUAUUCCUGUAGCAUGUCCAUAUUUUAUUAAGAAUAAGAAUGAAACCGAAGAAGAUAUAGAGAAAAGAAAUAUGAUAUUAAAGAAUUGUGUUCAUUUAACUAAUAAAGAUGGUAGUGUUAAUAAUAAAUUUUAUAAAUAUAUUGAAGAGACAAAUAUUAAUAAAUGCCCUUUAGGUGUAGAAUGUCCCUUAGCACAUAGUAUAGAUGAAAUAGAUUACCAUCCCCUUGUAUAUAAAACUAAAAGAUGUGAAAAUUAUAUGCAUGCAAAUUGUAAUAAAUAUUAUUGUAAUAAUUUACAUGGUUUAGCUGAACAAAGAAAAAUAAAGGAAUAUUUUAUUCCCUAUUCAAAUAAAAUAGAUAUUCCAGCAUAUCCUAAUGUUACCAUCGUUAGUAAAAUUCAAUAUGGUUCAUUUAAAGGACAAACACAAUUAUCAAAUAAUCAAAAAAAAAUGAAUACAGAUUUUAAUUUGAAUUCAAGAAAUUUUAAUUAUCCAUGUAAAAUGAUUAAUGGAAAAAAUUAUAAACAUAUAGAUCUUAAAUAUAAUUCAAUAAAUCUGCCUUGUCAACAAAGAUACACAUUACAAGAACAAAAGAUGAACCAACCUAAAAGAUAUACUACAUCAAAUUUAAUGAAUAUGCAACCCUCGCAUCCUAAUUUUUCUUUCUCUUGUGAAAAUCAAUUAAAAAAUAAAAAAAAAAAUUCUAUUUUUAGCUACCUAAACAAUUUUGAUGAUAAAUUUACAUUAUAUCUACAUAUAUUAAAGAAAUUUCCAUAUCUUUUUGAUUUAAACAUUUCUGAUAUGAAUAACGAAAAUUCAGGAUCAUUCAUACGAACACAAGAAUUAACGGAUAAUUCAUCUAAAGGGAAUCUGAUCGAUUUGACAAAUAUGACAAAUAUGAAAAAUGAUGAUAAUAUAGGCAUUUCUAGUAAAAAUAAUAUUCAAGACAUAUAUGAAAAAGAGUUUUCCAAAAAUAACUCACAAAGUAUAAAUGAUUCUCAAAAUAAAUAUAACACAUUUGAGCAAUGUACAGAAAAUAUUUUCAUGAAUAAUAGCUACUGUGAAAUAUUGAAUCAUAUAUUUAAAAAAAAUUUACAAAUAACUAAAAAUAAAAUAACAUGUGAAAAUGCCACACAAAGGUCUUUCAAUGAUAUGGAAAAAUAUUAUACAAAAAAUUCAAGUGACAAUGUAGAUCUUGAUUUUAUAAGAAAUCUUAAUGGCAACUACCUUAAUGCUGAUAAUAAAAUUGAAACAUAUGAUGAUGUUCUAAAUAUGUUAAGUCAUAUAUUGUGUUUGCUAUAUUUUACAUCCGAUUCGAGAGCUCAUGCAACAUUUGACACAUAUGCCCACAAACUAGCAAAACAACUAAAUUUUGAAAGCCGAAAAAGGAAGGAAAUGUCUAUCCCAAAAUAUUUGAACUACAACAUGAAAGAAAUGAUUUAG